AAUAUGUGAGCCACACAUGUACCCAGCAGUGCACCCGCUGUUAUGAAAGCCUCCAUUGAAAGCAACGGGUGCUGAGAGAGCAAUCGAUCAUUCUCCAGUGAAGUGGAGGGAGUGAAAGGUUACAACAGUCAGGCCACAAGCGAUUUUGGUGAUGGCGCGACUAACGGCUACGGUGUUGCAGGCCGCAGUUGCAGCCGUUGUUGGUGUCGUCGCUUGGCAGUGGUACCAGUCAUCUGCUCGUCUGCCUCCGGUUUCGGGAGGCUUCGUGCAUCCUGCCUACCAGCCUGUGGCGGAUCUCUUCCGAAAACUCGUGGAAGAUGGCACCGAACGUGGAGGGAGUUUCGCCGUUUACCACCAAGGGGAGAAACUCGUGGAGUUGUGGGGAGGUUACGCUAAUCCUCACAGUAGUCUCCCGUGGCAAGAGUCCACCGUAACAGCAACGUUUUCUUCUACUAAAGGCAUGGCAGCACUGAGCAUUGCCAAACUGGUUGAAAGAGGCUUGCUCGACUACAAGGCAGAAAUACAGAAAUACUGGCCAGAAUUCGCCCAAAAUAACAAGUCCAACAUCACCUUAGAGAUGCUAAUGAGCCACCAGGCUGGUCUGUUGUCUUUGGGAGGAGCUAGCACAUCUCUAGCUGAAUACCAGGACGACUGGGGCAAGGUGGAAAAAUUGAUGGCUCAAGCCACGACUGACUUCCCGCCAGGUUCGGCUGUAGCGUACCACGGUCUGACCUUCGCCAUGUACAUCGACGCCAUCAUUAUCCGCAGAGUGGACCCGCAGCACAGAAACCUGUCACAGUUCUUUGAUGAGGAGAUCAGCAAACCGCUGGAUGCCGAUUCUAUAUCGGACUUCCUCUUCGCGAGUUCUACCGGGCCACCUUCCUGACUGCUCCGCCCGCCUGGCGAAUGGCGAGUGG